GCCACGUGCGCAACAACCGCAGUCAUCUGCUACGUACCAGUUCACCAGGAACAUGAUCAUCGAUCGCAGUCAUCGUUCGUAGUUUGAACAGAUCGAAUGUUCGUUCUUCUGUUAGAUCUUGACCACUUCGGAAGUGGGCCGGUGUGAUUCUGUCUAUCCUAAAUUCUAAAAAAAAGUGUACAAUGCACCCAAUAUUCGGCCGAUACAUCAAAGCCCAUGGAUUCGCUAUUGCCAUCGCUGCUCUCACCUUCGGGUGCAUCUUCGCAUCGGACAUCAUGCUGGCGAAGAAUGGUCUGAAGCAAGCACGCCCGCUGGAUGACAUCGCAGCUGAUCGAACCACCGAUGCCGCCGCCACCGCCACCACCGUCACCACUCGCGAGACUUACUUUCGAGUGCGUCCCUUAGGACAGCUGAUCUUCUCGCUGGUGUGGGUACUGGCUGGGACGAUAUUCCUCAUCGGGUUGCUGUUCGAGAAGAAGGAAACGAUUUUUCCGUUCGCGACCAUUUUCUCCAUCGAUUGGAGUGUUAUUCUGAUUCAGUACCUGACCAGGCUGGAGCGAAAAAGCUUCCAACAGCUGAUCCUGUCACCGGAUGCCGUCGUGUUGGUUGUAAUCCCCUUGUAUGUUGGGUUCACCUUGGCAGUGUUGUACAAACUGUUCGACAGCCGACAGUCAGAAAUGGAAAACUUGGCCUUUGACGACUUGGAGAACGGUCAGAAACCGGUUAAAUUUUCGCUGGGAGAAGAAUACGACGACUCGUGGAUUAGCUAACUCGACGUGGUGUUGCUUCACAAUCGCACUUAAAAAGACCAUAGCAACCAGUAUUAAAACUUCAAUCAUUUUGUAAAUACGGCCGAAAA